AUGAACAACUCUACUAAAUCUUUCAAUAACCAUUAUUAUGCCAUUUCUCCGUUUAAGAAGGGAAUGGACGCUGAACAAGAUCUGGGAAUGCAUCGAAAAAAUGGCGAAGAAGAGCGAGAGGUCACAGGAAGUUUACGACACAUACCUCUUUCCGAGAGAUCAGAGAAGGAGAAUAAUUCCAAGGCCAGAACUACAAAUCAAAUCCCGAACAAUAUCAGUACGGACAAGAGAAUUGAUGCCACCAUGCAGCAACUGCCAGAGUUAUCUGAAUUGUUAGAACAAUUGAAGGAUGGUCCUUACGGGUACCGUGAAAAUUCAGAUGAGGAAUUGUUGCACCCAGAAGAUAAGGAACCAUUCUGGGAUGGUUGUUUUGAUGUUGGAUUCUCGUGGCAUUAUGUUCAAGUGGAAUGGAAUGGAACAAAGCAUGAAAUAUAUGGGAAGAAACCUGAAGGAAGGUCUUGCGAACCACCUCUACUAUCGAGAGAAUAUAUGUGCCAUCAUCGAGAGCACUGGCGAGCUGAUACCCGUAAAGGAAGUUGA